AUGGUUCCUCCUCUCAUAGCACUCGAGGAGCAUUUUCUCUCUACGGCCGUCUUGGAAGCGUUCGAUGAUGCAUAUCAAGAGCAGUUCAAAGCCAUACCGGCAGCCAAAGACAAGCUAGCAGAUCUGGACAGCCUACGAUUAGAAGAGAUGGCGAAGGGAAAAAUCUCAAUGCAAGUGAUAUCACAUGCGUGUGCUCCUGGUGGGCCAAGUCCUGAAAUGUGCCGGCAAGGAAACGACCAACUGGCUGCGGCAGUCAGAAAGAAUAAGGCCCAUUUCGCCGGGUUCGCAGUGCUGCCUAUAGCAGAUCCAGAUGAGUGCGCCAAGGAAUUGGAGAGAUCGGUAAAGGAUCUCGGAUUUGUUGGAGCCCUCAUCGACAACCACGUUAACGGAAAGUAUUUCGAUGGUGACGAGUACGAUGUGAUGUGGCGAAAAGCAGAGGAGCUCGAUGUACCUAUAUACCUGCACCCAACGUGGCCUGCCGAGGAUAUGAUGCAACAGUCGUACACAGGCAACUUCACCGCGGGCGCAAGUCGAAGCUUGGGAGCAUCUGGCUGGGGUUGGCAUUCAGAGACUGGUCUUCACAUCUUGCGGCUGUACGCUGCAGGAGUGUUCGAUAAGUUUCCAAGGCUGAAGAUUAUCAUCGGUCACUUUGGUGAAAUGCUACCAUUCAUGCUUCAGCGGAUAUCCAAGCUUAGCGUGCGAUGGGGCCAGCAGAGGCGGAAGAUACUCCAAGUUUGGGAGGAGAACAUAUGGAUCACGACAUCAGGCGUUUGGAGCCUAGAUCCAUUAAAGUGCAUCCUCGGGAACACGAAGAUCGAUCAUAUCCUCUUCAGUGUCGACUAUCCAUUCGAGCCCAACGAGAAUGGCCUCAAAUGGAUACAGGAUCUCGAAGACAGUGGCUUGGUGACUCAGGAGGAGCUUGAAAUGAUUGCGUACAAGAAUGCGGAGAAAUUGCUGAAGGUCAAGGCACCUCAGAUUACGAAUGGUGUACACUGAGGCUGGCGAGGAUGAGGUGUAUGCCGCGUUGCCCGGCGCGCAUUUCUUGGCUGCAGCAUCAUGCUUUCGUGUCGUUGCAUGUAACUUUUGGCGUAGGUUGAGAUCGGGAUGAGGUGGCGAAGUCCAGUUCUGCCUUCAAUAUCGACAGAGGUAGAUAGGUGUAAAGGGAUCUAUGGAUUGUUACAGC